AUGAAAAUUCCCAUAAAUAUACUUGAACAACCAAAAGAAAUUGAACUACGAGUAUUUAAUAUAUAGAAGCUUAGAUGUUGGAAUUCAUUCUAUAGAGCUCAAACUUCUUAGAUGACUUAAUGAAACUAGUUAUUGAUUAAAGUCAUCCAAUCCAUAAAUUAUCACAAGGAUCUUUAUGUUUAAUCAUAGAUAAACUUGAUUAAUAUAUCUAAAUAGCAGUUGAUCAAAUUCAAAAAAAUCCUAGUUUUAAAUGUCAAAUACUGCUAUCUCUUAUUAAUUGUAUGAUGGAAUUAGAAUGUUAUAGGUAUUUGAUUAAAUUAGAAUAGAAAAUUAUUCAAUUCAUUAGAACAUUUAUUUAAUAUGUUAGAAUAUUCAGAUAAUUUACUAGUAUAUGAAUAGAUAAUGUUAAUUUUAAUAAAAAUCUAUAAACAACCAUCAAAUACAAGCAAUCCUUAAUAAAAAGAUUUUUGUAAUUAAUAAUAGAUUGAAUAUCUACCAAGAGCUAUCUAUUUUACUAGAAUCCUACUUGAUCAUUAUAACAAUUUAUCUUUUACUAAGAUAGAAUUAAUUGAUUAUUUUAAUGAAGAUCCUCAUUAUUAAACCCUUUGUGAAACUCCAAUAGAAUUUCCUAAAUUGAUAUUAGAGUAUAUGGAACCAACUUUGAUGAAUGAAUCAUAUCAGGAUUUGUGCAAGAAUGGUAUACACAAGAAAGAAUUACAGCAAUAAAUUUAAAUUAGAGUAGUUGUCAACAAUAUAAUUAGAAUUUUGAAAUUAAUGAUGUCAAUACCAAUACGGCCCUAGCAUUGUCGAAAACAUUUUUGAAUAUCCAAGAUUAAAAUUAUUGUCCUCUAGUUGAUGCCAUGAAAUAUAAGAUCCUUAUCUAUAGAGGAUUUUAAUAUAAUAGAAUUCCUACAAUAUCAAUUAUAGUAGUAUUACAUAUACAAUCUGUUUUAAUGCAUAUGCUUUUAAAUUAAUUUUGUUAAAUCAAUAAUUGUGGAGAAUUAUUAGAUUAAGUUUUUGAAGAAUAAUUAGAAUAUGAAUAACACUUUAAAAUAUAUAUGAAAUUGUUUUAAUUGAAAAAUAUUGAUCCUCAAUUAUUGUCUACAUUAUUAUUGACAUUAGAUGAAAUAAUUACUAUUGAAAAAUAGAAUGAAAAUGAAGUAGCAUUUACUAUUGCCAAAAAUUAUGAUGAAACAUUUCUAUAAUUUAUUUAUGAUAUUUUGUCAAUGCAUCCAAUUUCAAUAGAAACUGAAUAAAUUUAUCCAUUAUAAUAUUCCCCAACUCUUUUGAGUGAAUCAUGUGCAAAACAUUAAAAAUUAGCAUAAAGUAUUUUUUAAAUAUUUUCAUCUGAAACAGGUAUACUCAUAUUAAGCAGAACUAAUAUAGCUCUUGGAUCUUCAUCUGCUCUAAUUAGAGCACUUUAAAUGUAGGAUAAUAAAUUAUUAUUACCUCCUGAAUCCUUUAAAGCAGCUAUAUUAUUAUUAAGCAGAUUAUCUAGAAAGGAUGAUAUCUAAAGAGAUUUAAGAAUUUUCAAUGAUCUUAUUAAAAUUUUAGAAAAUUAGAUUAAAUUUAAUAUUAAUAUUUAAAAACCUACUUAAAAUGGGUAUUCAAAUAUUACUUCUGAAGAAACUGAUUAAAUUAUUGCAAUAUGCAUUUAAUCAAUUAAUGAACAUUUUAGAGAUGAUCUUGGAAGAAGAUCAAAUAGAGCUAAUGCUCCAACUUUUGCAAGAUAAAUCUCAGAAUCAACAAUAAUUAAGUAACUAUAAAAGUUAUUUGUAAAUUUUUCUCAUUUUAUUGGAUCAAUCUAAUAAGCUUUAAUUUUGAUCUCUCAUUUAGCUAAUGAAGUACCAACUUUAAUUGGUAGAUUAAUUGAUUCCCAUUUACCCUAAACAUUAAAUUAAAUCAUUUAAGAUAUGAUAAUUGAUAAAAUCAAUUAUAAAAUGAUGACAGCUAUUUUUUAAUUCUAUUUUAAUAUAUCUUUAAAAGAAGAAGGCUAUGACAAAUUCAAUUCAUAUGGAAUGAAUUUCUUAAAAAAUAUUGUUAAUUAUUCAUUAAUUGAUAAUCUUAAUAGUCCAAGAGAAUAAUUAAGUGGUUUAGCUUAAUGUAUAACUAAAUAUACACAAAAAAUUGAUAAAGUUGGACCUUAAGUUUGUGAAAUACUUAAUUAAGCAGUAGAGAGAUUAAGGAUGCAUUUAAUUGAAAAAAAAAAGUAAUUAACAAUUUCUAAUAUUUAUACAUAAUAUUUUGAGAUUAUUACACAAAUUUAAAACUUGUCUAUUUUAAGUUUUAAAAUGUUUCAUUAUCCUCAUUAUUCUUAUUUGGCUGAAAUGAAUUCAAGAGGAUUUUUUGAUUCCUUAUUAAUGUUUUUUGAAUUUCCAACAUUUGAUUUUAAAAAUGAUUUAUUGAAAGUAUUUAAAUGGUUAACUUCAGUUGAUGAAUAUGAUAAUCCUCAUAAAAUAUUAAAAAAAAUUAUAUUUGCUAUAGAUAAAUGGGAAGAAUCAAUAGGAUGUAAUUUAGAAAAAUCAACAUAUAUUGUUAAUGUAUUAUACUACAAUGCUCAAAAAUUAUUUUAAAGUUUUAAUUAGCAAUAAAUUUAGGAUAAUCUUUAAAUGGCAUCACUCUAUUCUUAAGUAGAAUAUUUAUUAGAAAUUUUAAAACUUUAUUUAAUAAAUUCACCUUAAAUUACUUGGGAAUAAUAAGAUUUAACAAAUUUGCACAAUAAAUGCUGUGGUUUAUUUUAGAUAAUUUUAGGUUCAGUCAUAUUUAAUGAAGAAGAUACCAAUAAAGAUUAAUCAUUAAAAAAAUCAGUGUUUUAUUCUUACAUUUAAAGUUUAAAGCAUGUCAUUGUUAAUUCUUUUAAUUUAAUUAAAAGAAAGAAUAGUGAAUUAAAUUCAUUAAUAAUUUUGUUUAAUUAAAUGAGUUAAAAAUUACAUAAUGACAAUAUAUAGAUAAUGAUAUUAUAUAUAUCAUAAAUUGAUGAAUUAUUAAUUAAUCUUUUUGAAAGUAAAAGAUUACCUGAUAAUAAAUAUUUAAAUUUAGAUUUCAUAAGUCUUUUAUUACAAUCACAAUUUACUAAAUAUUUAUAAAAUGCUAUUCAUUCAUACACAAAAAUGACACUAUUAAAUCAAAAUGAACAACUCAAUAUUUUAUCUAAACAUUUUUCAUCUAUCAUUAAAAUUUUGUAUAUUAAUAAAUUUGAAAAAUCAAAUACAGAUUAUGGAUAUUCAAUAAUAACAUAACAAAUUUCAGAUAUAUAAGCCAUGCUAUAAAUAACACAAUUUUCAAAUUCUGAUUAUAUUUAUAACAUAUAGUUUGUUCUUAUUGAAAAAAUAAUGAUAAUUUUAAGUCCAACAUUUUUGUAAGAUUUAAUAAUCAAAGAAAAAGAUCGAUAAAAUGUUUUUUCAAUUUCUAGUUUGAGAGAAGAUUUUGGCAAUUUUAAUAUGAGAUAAUAAAAUGAUUUAACCUAAGCAAGGGAUUAAUUAAGAAGCAUGGGAUUUUAAGAUUAUGCAAUUUCUAUUGCAUUUUAAAAUAUAAGAAUUCCUGAUGUAAGUAUAGCUGCAAUGUGGUUAUCAGAUAAUUAAGAAAUAGUUGAAUCUAAUAGAUUAGCGAAGAAGCAAAAUUAAAGGAAUGAAUUUUCUGUAGGAUCCACUUUUGAAAUUAUUCAAAAAAAAUAAUAGGAACUUAGGAUUUAUAUCAAAACUAAUAUACUUUUCUUUAGUAAGUUUGAGGAAACUUUGUUUAAAAUAUUUGAAGGAUAGAUGAUGCCAUCUUUAUUAAUGUGUUUAAAAUAAACUGUUUAAGAAUAAUUUAAAUUGUAGUUAAAAUUUAAAGAUUGUGAAUUAGUUCUUAAGUAACCCUUUAAUAAUGAUAUAAAAUUGAUAAUCACAAUUUUGCAUUAUAUAUAUAAAUAAUAAAAUUUAGUGUAAGAAUAUGAUUAUAUUGUGAUUGAAAUGAUGAAAUUAAUUUAAGAAUUAUUGAAAUACGAGGAUGAAUAAAUAAUUAGAGCUGUUAAUCAUGUUUUAGCAAUUUUAACUCUCUUCAUAACAGAUGAUUAGAAAUAGAACAAAUAUAAUCAUGAAAUUUCAAAUGAAAUAUUGAUAGGAAUUCUCAAUAUUUUGAAAGGGAAAGUAUAAAAUCAUACAACUUCAAAAAUCUGUAUAGAAAUUUUGGUUAGAUCUUUCUAAACAAAUAAAGAGAGUGUCCAUAAGUUUGUCUAUUAAAUGAGAGGAUUAGAGUAUCUCUUAAAAGUAAAAGGAGAUUCAAAGAAUAAUCUUUACAGUUUAACAAAGCUUGUUUUAUCUAUUGUUCAUGAUCCAAGUAUUGUUAUAGCAUAAGUAGAGGCAAAAAUAAAAAAAAUAAUAUAUGAUUAAGAAUACAAUAAAGAAAUUGAGAAUUUCCAUAAAUAAAUAUAAUAGUAAUAGUCUACUCACUCUUAAUAUCAGAAUUCUUAUCCUUCAUGCUUUAAACCUAUUUAUUACAAUUUAUAAAUCCCUAAUGAAAUUAAAUUAUCUAAAGAUAAUUAAGCUUUGAUAUCUAUAUAAAAUUAAAGUUUUUAUAGUGAAUAAAUUAAAUUUGUUAUGAAUUCUCUAUUUGAAGAUUAAUCUAAUUAUUAUAUUUUAAAAAAAGGUGUUCAUCUAUAUACUUUUGAUUGUGUUGAACCUGUAAGUUUUUUAAAAUAUAAGGAACCAGAGAGUACAAAACGAAGCAAUAAGACUUCUACUAAAAAAAAGAGAAGUGAAGAUAAAUUGUAAUUAUAAUCUAAUUUUUAACAUACACAAGAAGCUUAAAUUUUGAUUAAAUUAUUAAUUUAAUAGAUGAUCAUAUCUUAUUUUGAUAAAACAGAGCCAUAUUAAUUUUAAUGGAAUACAAUUAGUUAAGUUCUUUAAGUUUUAAUAAGACGUUAUCCAAUACUAAUUCCUAAAAUGGUUAGAAUAAAUUGUAGUAAAUUCCUUAAACCAUAUCAUAAGUAAUUAGGAUUAGAUUAUAAUGAAAUAGAUUUCCCUCGUAAAAUUUCAUUUAUAUCAUUAAUAACUAAGAUCAUGAUUCCCAUAAAGAACUUACUUUUUGAAUUAUGUUUAGAUAAUGUAAUUUUGAAUUAAAUGUCUAAUAAUUCUAUAGCUCCAUUUUCAAUUGAAGUCAGAAAGAAAAUAAUUAAUGAUAUUUAUGAUGGAAUAGAGAAAAGAAUUAAAACUUUAGAUUAAAAUUUUUGUUAUUUAUCAGACACAUUAGUAUUCUUAAUACAAAUAAAAUCUGUUGCUAAGAUAUGUUUUAAAAAUGUAAAUGAAUUAUAAAAUUCAUUUAAUUUUGUUAAACUCUAUAUAGAUGGAAUGAAGAACUUCGAUUUGAAAUCAUAUUAUGUUUAUGAGAAUGAAAUAUAGUUCUUAAAUGAAACCCUUGCCGUUUUAUUCAACGUAGCUGCUUAUUUACUACUAUAUAAACCAUCUCUCAUUGUUAUACCAAAAUAAAAUUAAGAAUAAUAAGGAGAUCACUUUUAAUUAUAAGGAAUGGUUGGAUAACUUUUACCAGAAGAUAUAAAUUGUCAACUUAUUCCAAAUAAAGGCAUUAUUUAUUAAGACCCUAUAAAAUAUUUCAUAAAAUGGCCUCUUUUACCUAUUUCAUUUCAUGAGGAAAUGCGUUAGAGUGUAAGAUAGAAUGAUUUAAAUUUAUAACAUUUAUGGUCACCAUUUCGUAGAAGAAAUAGAUUCCUUGAUAUGGAAGUUUUCGAGAAUAUUGAAAAUGAAGAAGAUGAAUUUGAAAUUGAUGAUGAUGAUGAUAAUGAUAUUUAAAGUGUUGAGAGUAGAUAUGAUUCAAGUAAUAUUGAAGAAUCAGCUGAAGAAGAAUUUGAUCUAGAAGUAAAUAGUUGGAUUACAAGUUAAAGUGGAAAUAAUUAAAUUGAAGCUGAAGAUCAUUAAAAUGUAAAUUCAAGUUGGACUGAUGAAGAAGAUGAUUAAGAUGGAGAAGAUAAUGAUGUAGAAAAUAGCAAUGAUUCAGAUGAUGAUAAUAGUGAAUUAGAUGUAUUAAAUUAAUAGGAUAUUGAUUAAGAAAAUUUAGAACGUAAUGUUUAAGAUUUAGAAUAAAAUAUGUAAUUACAUUAGAAUGAUUAAAAUCAUUAAGUCUCUGAAAAUAAUAAUGAAACAUAUAAUAAUUAUCAUCAUCUUACUAAUAAAGAGGAUUUAACUUUUAUGAAAAUGACUAAAUCCAUAAUUUAAUUGAUAGGAGUUAAGUUUUCAUAAUAAUUUGUGAAAAUCUUAGAGAAAUUUAAUUUUUUAUUACCUCAUAGUAAAUAAGUUGAUGAUUAAUAACUUAUAAAUUGGUGGACUGAAUUAACUUAAUUUACUUCAAAGCAGAUAAUCUCUGAAGAAAUAAUCUUACCUUAAUAAGAUAUAAGAAUUUAACCAUUGAAUAUAUUUCGAGAUAGAUUAGGAAUAGAUUUUCUAAGAAUUGAUUAAGAUGAUAGAUUUUUAGCUAGAGUUCAACAAGGAUAAUUAGGAAGAACAGCCCGUAAUAACCUAUAAUAAAUAAUAAGAGACUUUCCGGAUAGAUAAUCCUAAUUUGAUAUUAUAUAGGAAUAAUAAAGGCAAUUUUAGGAAUAAUUUGGAUAAUAACUUGCUAAUUUAUAAUAGUAAAAUGCAGAGACGAUUGAAUCAUAGAUUGAAAAUUAAUUUUAGAUACUUUAAUCAUAGCAUACAAGACAAUAGAAUCAUUAAUUUUUAUAAUAAUGUUAAAAUCAUCAAUAAGAGUAAGAAAUUAAAGAUUAACAUUUAAAUUAAUCUAAUUAAAUUAAUGUAGAAGUUUAGAUGUAAUAAUAAUAAUUAUAAUAAGAAGAAAAUAAUCACAAUUUAAAAAUAGAUUAACCAGAGAAGAUUGAGUAGCAUUCAAUUCACUAAUAAUAAUAAUAAUAAUAAUAAUAAUAAUAAUAAUAAUAAUAAUAAUAAUAAUAAUAAUAAUAAUAAUAAAUUGAAUAAAAUAAUUAAAAUUAUUCUUAAAUUUAUCCUAAAAGUUACAAUCUAUUGAAAAGAGUAGGCAAAAAAUUUGAAGAUCUCAUUAAAAAUGAAAUUGAUCCAUCAGUAUUUGAAGAUCUCAAUGAAGAUAUGAUGAUGGAAAUUGUUUUAGCACUUCCUUAAGAAAUUGAUGGAAUAGAUCCUUAAUUUUUGGCUUCCCUUCCAUCUGAUAUAAGAAAUGAAAUAAUUCAAUAAUAUUCUACCCCUAUAAAUUAAACAUCAUAAUAAUAAUUUACAGUAGUAGAUUUAUCAUAAGAUUUAAUAAUGAAUAAUAAUUCUGAGAGAAAUCAAUUAUAAAAUCAUAGAAAUUAAAAUAUUAUUUCUACAAUAAAUAUUGCUCAAUAGAAUCCAACUAACUUAUAAAAUCGACUUAAUUUUCGAACUUUGAAUUCUAGAUCAAUUUUUUAAAAUCAACUUGUUAAUGAAUAUAGAAUCCCAAUUUAAGAAGAAUAAGUUUAAUAGAGAAAACCUUAAUCAAAAUAAUAAAAUUUAAAAAAUUUACUCUAAACACAAAGACAUAUUAUAUCAAAAUUAGGAACUGUAGAACAAGAAUUUACAGAAUCAUUAUUAAAUUUACUUUAUGUAGAAUCUCAUAGUUUCAUCAAUUUUCCUAUAAAUCUCUUUAUUUCUUUAUGCAAUAAUUAAAAUGUGGAGCAUAAGUUAAUUGACACUUUAUUUUUUAUUUUAAAAACAAAUAAAUCUAAAGAUUAAGAUUAAGCAAAAUUCUUUCCACCAAGAUUUUUGGUAAAGAGAAAUGGACUUGUAAGAGAUUUUAGUAAAAUAUAUAAUGUUGUUUCAUUAAAAGUUUUGUAUUUGUUUUCUAAAUUAUAAGGAUUUUCAAUUAAUUACUUUUUCGAAAAUAAAAAAUAAAAUUUAAGUUCAUCUGAAAAUAACUUAAACUUUCCAUUAUUACAAUUAAUAUAACUUUUACCUGAAUUUUAAGGGGAUCAUUAGGAAAUGCUUAUUUAGGCAAUAAUGAAUAUAAGUACAAAAUAAAAGAAUUUUUAAUAAGAAUAAAUAAUAUUAGACUAAAAGUCUGUUGAAUGCAUAUGUAAAACUCUUUUAUCAAAUAUGGGUGGAAUUGUUAAGAAUUUUUCAAAUAUUAUUCAAAGUUUAUGUAACAACAAAGAAAAUCAAUUAUUAAUAGUUUAAUAUAUAAAGGCAUAUAUAGAGAAAACUAUUAGAGAGAUAAAUGAUAAAUUUUUAAAAGAAUAAUAAUUUGAUGAAAUAUUUAAUGGAGAUAAAGCUCUAAUAAAUGUAUUUUAGUUUGUAAGGGAAAUUAAUACAAAAGGUAGUGAAUAAAAUAAUUAAUAAGAUGUAAGAUUAAAUUUUUAAGAAUUAUUGGAAAAUUAAGAAUUAAUAGAAUUAUGGAAAAAUAUGAUAAAAUUUUUAUAAUAAAUUCCAUAAUAAUAAAUAAUCAAAUUGGCACCAAAGAUAUCUCCAUAUUUAGAAUGCUUUUUUAUUAUAUAUCAAAUUGUUAAUCCAAUAAAAAAAAAUAGAUUGAAUCAAAAAGAGUCCAAAAAAAUUGCCAUGAUGGAAGAAUAAUUUGAAGAAGUAAAAGAGCAAUAAUUACAUGAUGAAUUAUUUUAAUAAAUUUGUGAAAGUGGAAAAGCAUUAUUAAAUAUGAUGUUAAAAGAAAGAUUUCAAGAAUAUAAAGAAAAACGAAAAAUUACAAAUGAUAGCUUAGGAAUUAUAAUAUUUAAGAAUCCAAGAAUUGUUGAUUUUGAUAAUAAGUAGAAGUAUUUUAAAAUGGAAUUGAAAUAAUUGAAAAUACAGAAUAAUAAACAUCAUUAUGGCAAUAUUGCUGUGAGAUGCAGAAGAAAAGACAUCUUUAUGGAUUCCUAUCAUCGUUUUAGUAAAUUAAAACCUGAAGAUUUAAAAGGUAAAUUAACUGUAGAAUUUGAUGGAGAGGAAGGUAUAGAUUAAGGUGGAGUUACUAGAGAAUGGUUUUUGAUGUUAUCUAAAGAGAUAUUUAAUCCUAAUUAUGCUUUAUUCACUCCAUCUUUAAAUGGUUAAAUGUUUUAACCUAGUAAUAAAUCACAUGUGAAUCCUGAUCAUGUUAAAUAUUUUAAAUUUAUAGGAAGAAUUGUUGGAAAAGCAAUUUAUGAUGGAUAAUUAUUAGAUACCUAUUUCACUCGUUCAUUUUAUAAACAUAUUUUAGGUUAGAAAUUGACUAUACAUGAUAUGGAAGAUAUUGAUUUAAAUGAAUAUAAAAGUAUGAAAAAGAUUUUAGAAGAAAAUGUGAAUGAUUGGGGAAUUUAUUGGACUUAUACUGUUGAUAAUUUUGGUAAAUUAGAAGAAAGAGAACUUGUUGAAGGAGGUAGAUAAAAAUAAGUGACUUAAGAUAAUAAAUUUGAAUAUGUUUAAACUUAUUGUUAUUAAAAAAUGGCAAAGGAAAUUAAAGAUUAAAUAGAAGCUUUUUUGAAUGGUUUUCAUGAAUUGAUACCUUAAAAUUUAAUUAGUAUAUUUGAAUGGAAAGAAAUGGAACUUAUGUUAUGUGGUUUACCAGAUAUAGAACGUAUAUUAUUAAUAUAAUUAUUUAAGUUGAGGAUAUGAAGGAGAAUGUGGAAUAUCAUGGAUAUGAUAGAGAAGAUAAAGUUAUUUAAUGGCUUUGGGAAUUAUUGGAGAGUUUUGAUGAAAGCAAGAGAGCAGCCUUUUUAUAAUUUAUAACAGGUAUUUUUAAUUUAUAAUUUAAAGGAACUUCUAAAGUACCACUUGGAGGAUUUAAGGAUUUAAAAGGUAUUCAUGGUUCAUAAAAGAUAUAAAUUCAUAAGAAGCAUUAUAUAAAUUUUGAAUUGCCAACUUCACAUACAUGGUAAAAAUAUUAAAUGACUUAAAUAGUUUUAAUUAAUUGGAUUUACCAUGUUAUCCAACUAGGCAAAUUUUGAAGGAUAAAUUAGAACUUGCAAUUUUAGAAGGAAAAGAAGGUUUUGGUUUUGCUUGA